GGAUUUUAAACUGGGAUUAGGCCAUUGGGGCUGCAUGUGCGAGCCUUUACCUCACUGGGAUGUGUGAGGGUGUGUUUUGUGUCCAUGGUCUCGUCCAUGGUCUUUAACAAAGGCCUUCAAGCAUGAACUUCUUUUGCUUCACACUGGAUGGCUCCACAGAGAGCAUAUAUGAACCACCCGACAGUCCAUCAGUGAAGGAGGCGUUACCCAAGCACCAGUGUAGCCCUCUUCUUAGGCGGCGACCUCAGCGGACUGGCUCAGAGGCAAACAUUACUGAUGGCGGUAAAAGUGCUGAUGAGAAAGAACAGAUGCCUCCAUCAGCAGGAAGACUAAAGUUGUUGCACACUUGGCUGCAAGCAAAAAACGGGCAUCGGAAUGUUUCUGGAAAAGGAAAGAACCAGUCUACCAGGGGUCAUUUGACAGACGUGUUAAGCACCAGCCAACCAGUGCUGACCUGUAUCGGCCUUGGCAAGAAGACAGAGAAGACGUCCUCUAAAAGUGAUGAGCAGAUGCGGCAACAAGAAGUCAAAAGCCUCCAUGACGACGGAAAGAAGGACAGAGCUUGGACCCCGACUGACUGUUCUCGACCUUGGUCGCCCUUCUACCACACUUGCCACCAGCCUGGUCAUGACUUGUGGGUCUGUGCUGGCAACUUGUUGCCUCCUCAGGCAACGGAGUGGGAGCGUUUUGAGAGUUUGAUUCAAGAACUGGACAGAAAAGAAUCUCAUCUUUCUGCUCGCAAAACGGCCGACCAAACCACAGAAGACAAAUUGACCAAAUCUGGAACAUCGGGCACGCCUUUGGAGCUGUCGCCAUUCAUGAAACUGCAAUAUGAAACCGGCUCAUUGGUAGGUGAACAUCAUCCAGGAAUGGAGGUCCUUCAAACAGCAGCAUGGGCGCUGGAACAGAAGUGUCUUCCUUCCGAACUGAACCAGACGGAGGACUUACCCGAAGCUGACACAACGCCCACUGAGACCCCAGCCGACCAAAAAAAUGGAGACAAGAAACCGACAGAAGCAGAAGAGAAGAGAGAGUUCGGUGCCAGGAAGAAACCCAUGAAAGGACACAAGCUGUCCAGCACAUCGCUGGAAAGCCUCUACAGCCUCAACAGCAGACAGAGCUCCUCAAGUGGCAUCACCAGUGGGUCGUACUGUUCCAGUAACAGAGACAGUCUGAGGCUAGAAGACGAUGUCUUGUCCACAAGACAGUUCUGUGGCCGAGCGAGGGUCCAUACGGAGUUUGUGCCAAGUCCGUAUGACACCGAAUCCCUCAAACUUAAGGUGGGAGACGUGAUUGACAUCAUCCACAAGCCCCCCAUGGGAAUAUGGACCGGCAUGUUGAACAACAGAAUAGGCAACUUCAAGUUCAUCUACGUGGACUUAACAGAGGCGGGUCCAGAAACACACAAGGAGGCCCAGAACCACAUGUCAAGUCAGAGAUGUAGAUCCACUGUCCAUGAAGUGUUGAAGCACCUCGAUUUAGAGGAAUAUUCGACGUCUCUUCAGCAGAACGGUUACCAGACAGUGGAUGACUUGAUGAGGCUGAGGGAGCAUCACCUGACAAAGCUGAAAGUGUCUGACCCAGAACACAGGUGUCGUCUGCUGGCUGCCGUCGAGUCCUUGCGACAACUGUGCUCUAAUUGUCACUCGGAGAAGGCGUCCAAUGAAGAGGCCGAGACCCGCGGUGAGCACAUGAAGGCAGACAUGAAGAACUGCCCGAGAGACUCGGGUUGCCACAUGCCAUCUGACAGCGAGGUCACAGACCAUCAUUCUCCCGAACACCUUCAACCUGCUGAGAUGACAGCUUCAUGACACGAUAUGUCACAUGACUUUUUGAAUUGAACAAUGCUCAUGUUGAGCUUUGACUAUUUCAACUACAUUAGACCGCCGCUUUUGGCGAAAGCUACUGACGCCCAUAAAAAUGUCCCGUUUUUCCACACACUCCCGACUCCAAACCCUCCAGCUAGCUUGAUGUUCUCUUCCAAUUUUGGGCCAACAGUUGCAAUAAAGGUGACUGCUGGAAUUAUUACUAUAGAUUCAGCUCCAGAACCCUCCCCUUGUCUCUUUGAUUGCCAUAAUUCACGCACAACACAAUCAAGGUUUAAGCUCUAAAUAUGCCUCACAUACUUUUUAAACACAUUUAAAGUAUGAAUUGUACAGGUAUUCGCCACUAAUGAAUGAUAAUGUAAGCUGAUCAAUGAAUAGAUGGGACUGAGUCACGGCAUAGCCUUUAGCCUGGCUAGAGGCAAGCAGGCUAGAGAAGCUGCAUUGACGUCAUCCACACUGCUUGCCUGUUGUAAUCCUCACUACAAGAUUUGAGAGUGGAUUGACUGCCAAAGCUAGAGCUUCCAUAGCCAAACAAACUUUUGCAUCUUAUAGCACACAACUAUGGUGUGUUCAAGGACCGGAGAACAAACCGCAAAUCUCAACGCUUGACGAAGAACAACGAAUCAUAAACAUGUAAAAGCUGUGAGCUGGUACAUGUGUGCUGUAUUUACCCGUAUUAUCGCAUGUUUAGAAAUUAUUACCGACUUAUGGUGAAUGAAAUGUGUUUUCUGUGAAAAAAACUGUAUUUUCAGAGAAAACAAAUGAUUACCAAAAAUGUGCAAAUUUGCAGUGGCGUGAAUGCUAAAUGGCAGGGAUGCACUGCACCCUUGAGGACUGUUAGAAUGUUAUACAUUUGUAAAUAAGUCUUUUUAAGCAAUAGUUUGUGGAGACCGGAAAAGUGAAAUCUAAUUACAAACGUAUUUUUUUGGUUUCCAUUGAAAGCAAAUGAAUCCACUUGCAACAAUAGACCAUUUGGAAAAUAAAUGCUAA